AUGACAAGAUUAACAACUAUUCUGAUGAUGAUGAUGAUGAUGAUUAUCCAAGCCCAUGGGUUGGAUACUAACGAUGUAUUCAGUCCCUGUUUAGAUGCAAAAGUUGAGAGAUUUGAUGGGUUCAGCUUUGGCCUUACAUUUUCCUCAAAGGAGUCAUUUUUCUUCAACCAGACUCAACUUUCUCCUUGUGAUCGACGAUUGCCUCUAUCUGACAAUAGUGCAAUGCUUGCAGUAUUCAGACCCAAAAUUGAUGAGAUUUCCCUUCUUACAAUCGACGGCGAUACUUUUGAUUCGAGCAUGGAUGGAGGGUACAUGGUUGCAUUCUCUGGAAGACAAUAUGCAGCAAGAUCAAUGCCUGUUUUAGUUGCAGACAGUACCCAUAUAAUAACUAGUUUUACUCUGGUGUUGGAAUUCAAUAAGGGAACAUUGCAAAACCUACAUUGGAAGAAGUUUGGUUGCAGUUCGUGUUCUGGGAAAUCGGUUGUUUGCCUAAACGAUCAAGAUUGUGCCAUACCGAUAUCCAAGUGUGGGAGCAUUGAUAAUGGAGGAAAUGUUGAUUGCAAAUUGAGCAUUCAGCUCGCGUUUUCAGGUACAGACAAGAAUGAUAGGGUGCUCAACUCCUGGUACGAGGUUGCCAAUCUUCGACAAUACUCACUUUAUGCGCUCUACAAUAAUCUUCACGACACUCUCAAUAAUCCAUUCAAGGGUCUUUUCUAAGACACCAUUC